AUGCCCAACAUUAUUUCUUGGUACAACAGUCAAUAUCGAGUCUGGGAUAGGACUCGCCGCCUCCAGAUGGCGCCGUUCCUGGCUCAAGCAGAGCAAAAUAAUGGAACUAAUCCAGCUCAACCUCCUGGCUCCGUUGCAAUCGACAUGUCCAGUACUGAGCCCAAAGAGAAAGAGUCUCGCUCUGAGAGUUUGUUCGGGCCGCCGAUUCCUCCAGAUACUGUCCAGGACUUCCACUUUCAGUUCACACAGCCACAAGAUGAGGGUGAUGAGCCUGCUACUACGUUGCAGGCCCUAGUCAAUCUCAAACGCCCUUCGUUGCGCUUGACACCCCUUGCUUCGAAUGCGUCCAAUACUGAUUUGGGAUCGAACACUAAGGCUAGUCAUGGAUUGGAAUUCGACUACGAUUGCGAUGCUGCCAAGUGUCGUAUCACAGUGACCAUGGCUUCAAACGACCGUGCUAAACCCGAGCCAGAGGAAAGGAGGCCUAUAACCAUUUUUGAGACCUACGAUGAAUACAAGGAGGCGGGCGCACCAAUGGCAGAGGAUCUCCCCACGCCGGAGCAGAUUGCUUCGCCUGCAGAACCUCCUGCCGCUGUUGCUCGUUCCGUCCAGGCUGUUGGCCCCGCGCUUCCCGUAGUUGAUGCAGAUGCACACAACGCGGCCGAAAGCUCUAAAGACAAUACGCCUAAGGAGACUGAGGGUGUCGAUGUGAACAUCCAACUGGAUGCAUUAGACGAAGCUGGCGAAUCUACUUCUCCCAAGAAUUCUCAGUUAACUGUGUUGCAUAUUGUCAAAAUGGGGCAGCCACCCUCAGAUGGAGCUGAAGAUACGCGCCCAUGGGUUGUCCGGUUGUUCGCCAUCGGAAACCAUACCUUCCGUCUCCACGAAAUCUACGGACUUGCAAGCGCCAAUGCUCCCGCCCCAGCACCUCAGACCUACCCCCCUGCUCCUGCGACUGACCACGAUGGCGAAGCUCUUCCUGACGCUCAUACUCAGCAACAAACUUAUGAAUUCGCCGGUGCCGAAUGCGUCCUCUGCCUUUCGUCUCCACGUGAAGUAAUGCUCCUACCUUGCCGACAUCUUGUAGCUUGUAAGGAGUGCGCCGAAAACAUGAUUACUUUUGGUGCGGGGGAGGGAGUUUCUGCUCCUGCUCCUGUAGCCGAUGAAGCCACUCCUCCUGCCAAUACCAAUACUAAUCAGCCACCCAAUGGUGCCCCAAACACGAAUACUACGCCCGAGCCAUUGACCCCGUUCCAAGCUGCUGCCGCAGCCGGACGCAGGAAGCGUAAAGCAAAAGGUUGGUUCUGCCCGGUUUGUCGACAACCUUAUACUUCGCUGCUUCGUAUCUCUAUGCAGCCACUGAACGUCAAACCAGAUGGUAGCACAGCUCCGGCUGAACAGGUUCAGCAGCCAACAAACGAAACCGAACAACAAAUGCAAUCCAAAGGACCACUGAGUGGAGUAGUUUCGAUGGCUCGAGGAGUGCUCACACGCAAGCCAACAACUGAGGCAGCUCCUGCUGUUGAUAGUACUGAAUCCACUGCCGUGGCCGGACAAUCAGAUACCCCCAACGCAACCUCUGCAACAAACAACGCUUAA